UGGAAUAAGAGCUGCCUUAUAAACAGCACUGCGAACUUCUUCAGUGAUGAAAAGACCAGGAUAGAUUUUAUCCUUGUAUGGGAAUCAGAUGGUGAGAAUCCAGAGGGCCAGAAAGAAGAGAAUUAUAAUCCAAAAUCCAAACAAAAGAGAACAAUUGAAAUUCACAAUGAAUGGCGGGAGAAAUUUCUGCAUAACCUCCAAAUGAAGGGGAUCAGAACUGAAAAGCAUGCAGCCCAACAUACAAAGAAAGUGGUCCACUUUAUAUUGUUGAAUGCUCCCUGGAGUGUGCUAUGUUAUUAUGCUGAGGACCUCAGGCUGAGAGUCCCCUUGCAGGCUAUGCCCAUUGAACCUGAAAUCAACUGGUCUCACAGGAUUCUAAUGAAAGUGGGCAUCCCUAAUUUACUCUAUGAUGACGUUCCUGACAUUCCCUUGGAUAACUACACCUGUCAUUUUAAAGCAAACAAGUUACCCUCGUUCCGUGGAAGUGAUAACCAUGAGACCUUCUUCAGUAGUACACAACGGCAUAGAAUACUAUAUGAGAUCCUGUCCACUGUAUCAUAUGGUAAUCCAAAGGCAGGGCAGAUUGGAAUAGAAAGGUUGCUGAAUGACGAAGUCUUCACAGCUGCAUUUCCACUACAUGACGGCCCAUACAAGAUGUCAUCAGAGGAAGAGCCCUCUAAUCAGAGGCAGAUUCUUUUCCAUUAUUGGGCCCAGUGGAGUAAGUGGAAGAAAUAUCAGCCUUUGAGUCAUAUCCGCAGGUACUUUGGAGAGAAGAUUGCUCUCUACUUUGCCUGGCUUG